AUGGUAAGGCUGGAUCAAAAGAUUGGUGCUAUGUUCAAGGAAGGAUUUUCCAUGUUGAUUGGCAGAGACUAUGAUCCAACUUUCGCGGUCGGGCAAAACACCACGAAACAGUCAUCCAGCUCCUCGCCCCCUACAUCUUUCCAAGAGUCACGUAGCACACCCCAAGUACCAGCUAUAUCUCUGUACGAUUUUCUUUACCUUUAUGGCAAGACUCAACUCACCAUUUUCAUUAACAGCAUUGAGAAAUACUUCGAUGUUAUUCAGGAUGCAAACCCUAUCUUCUCAAAGAAAAAGUUUCUGCGCGACUACCAGCUCUCACGAUGUGAUCCAGACCUCGUAUCCACAAUAGUUGCGAUUACUGCGAAGCUAAAUGGCCUCAACUCCCUCGCGGAUGACAACAGUUUAGAUGCUCAAAUUGACCGGCUUUUGAGUUCCAGCCUACUAGAAGACGACAUUAUAGGUACUACUCCAUCUCUUGAUCAAUUUCGCAAAGCCUGUCUCCUGGCCUUUUAUGAUUUCCACCAGUUCCCAGGACACCAGUCCUGGAUGCGCAUUGACCAAAUCACACGCAUGGCUUAUCGCACGGGACUAGAUCGACUUGAAAGCUUGCGCGAACUUCAUUCUGACUGGGGUGCAUUGAGUAAUGACGAGAUCCAAGAGUGGCGAUCUGUGUGGUGGUGUAUCUAUCGCCUCGAUACUUAUUCCAAUCUGUCAUCAGGCACCCCAAAUCUGAUUGACCACCAGUUCGUAAACACAUCUUUUAUUCUUGACCAAUCUUCAGCUGAGAAUGUUCCUCAACAAGUACACUUGCCAUCAGACUAUGCAGAUCUUUGCAGAUUACUUCCAGUGUUUGCGUUGAGUCCAAAGACGUUUCUUCUAAACGUCCAUAUCCUGUCUAUCGCUGCUAUGCGGCAAACAGGAACGGCCAUACGAAUGCAUUUUUCACGACCAAGGGAUGAUAUGACCGAGACACUUGCCAAUGUUCAACGCCAGCUCUCUAUUCUUUCCUUAUCCUUACCACCCGGGUGGUUCAAUCCCGCACGCAACGCAUUUGCAGACGAGUCCCAUGACGACCAUCAUGCAAGACUGGUCACUGUUCUCCACCUCAUGAUGGCACGAUUACUUCUCACAAUCCUCACGUGUGCCCAUACAAAUAAAGAAGAGCCAUCAUUGACCUGGCAAGAAGUUCUCGAGGUCUGCCAGGACAUCGCUUCAGUCAUGGAGCAGUGGAACUCAUUAUUCUGCAUCAAAGUGGACCCAGCAAUCUCGUUCAUUCCAUUUACAGCACUCAUUUUCCUUGAUCUCCAUAAGAAGUCGACCGCAGUGGCUGAGCCUACUCUCCUGUCGAAAAUACAGUAUAAUCAGACCGUUCUUCGUUUACAUCUCGAGCAGUUCGCAAGGACUUGGACUCUUCCGAGACUUCUGAAUUGUAAGUACGGAACAGCCACGAAUAACCCGCAAUAUCUAAAUAUUUGA